AUGGCUUACCCACAGAACGUGUUCGGCGCCUCGAGAUCAGCUUCAUCAUUACGACCGCCUCUCAUCCGACCCGCGUCUGAUUCAUUUCUCUUUCUACCGAAGAACCCUGCGAAACCGGCCAAACAGCCGCAGCAGCCUCCCCGACCGUCCUACACCUUCCUCUGCACGAUCUACUGGACCGAGCACGAACCACCUCCACACACCUUUGGUCUGCAAAGCCGCAUUUCACCGUUACGACCGCCUCCGUACUUCGACGACAAAGGCUUCCCUCACAAUCGUGGCAUGACCGUCGACGAGCCCCCGGUGUGUUCUAGGUGCAGUAUCGAACCACAAUCACUGGCCAAGCUUGAGCAACAUGUCAGGAGGUCGAGGUCGAAAUCCGCUGUGAUACACGCUCCCGCUGGCUUGCUAGACGGAGCUGGUUGGACCGUUUCACUGAGUGAUCCGCUGAACCCCGAGGCAAACAAGAUUGGAAUCAAGAGUCAUGGCUCCCGGUCGAUGCCACCCUGGAUGUCGCUGUUGCCCUCGGUUCGGAGACAAAAGGAACAUCCACAACCACAAUCACAGCCUCAAGAAGAGUCCCAACGCCGUUCCAAAGUUCCAUAUCUGGAUACCGCAGACUCAUCGAAACCCUGCCAAACACGUCCCCAGGAUCCGGAUUCUCUGGACCAGUCCUCAAAACUGCCGUCCGCUCUGUCACCUGUGCCAAGUCAACAGUCGACGAAUGCCCCGUUAGUUUUGCAAUUGCAGCCUCCGCCGCAAGGAAUCAGCCACAAGCCCAGUCAAGGUCACCAGGCCAUUGCACCUAGCAAUGCUCGGGCAAACCUACAACCGAGCCCUUUCCAGACCGGGCUCAAUACUCUCCAGAGACGUGCUGACGAGCCCAAAGGAGCACGACCCUGUUCAACUCCUCCCAUUCAGCGAAGUCUUUCGAUCCAGAGACGGAUAGACUCUCUGAGUCGAGCCACAAUCACCAAGAACACCCCUCCAGCUUCUUCUGGUGGAGCCUGUAGCUGGUCGAAGUCGCAGGAUCCGAUGCCUUCACAAGACAUCGCCCCGGCCAAAAGCCCCCUUUACAAGGAAUUGUCAGGUUUCUUCGCCACUCGUGCAGCUGGGGGGAAAUGGACCCAGAGUUAUACGCAAAAUACCGCCAGGAUCAGCACUCCGAGCAGAAUCUCAAGGAUGCGGGCUUGCGACCACUGCGGUGCAGACAUGUCAGACUGGUGGCUUGGACGUGCGUCUGAUGUGGAGGCAGAUAGGAACAACAAUCAGGGCCAAGGCCAAGGCCACGGUGAUGGCGUUGGCUUCAGGACCCAGAGGGUUUGUUCUGGUUGUAAAGCCCGGCCUUAG